CACAUUGAUCGAGCAAUUAGUCAGUCAUCAGUUGGUACUGCUGCGGUGCGGAUAUAGGGCUGCAACAGACCUGUGCGCGAUCUAUCCUUGCCGAAACGGUUUCCCAUUGAUUCCGAUUGCCGAUUGAUUUCAGUUUCAAUAAUCAAUGGAGGCAAGUCACUGUACAUAAAACCUUGAGCAGCAGAGAUACGGGGUUGGACCGCUCUCGCUGCAUAAACCCUACUAAACGAUUUGUUAGUAGAUGGUUUGUUUACGUAGCGCCCAGAUUAGGAGGACAAAGUGUAGCAGGAUUAUUCCGCACGGCACAACAAAGAAGUUGCCUCCACAGAAUUUGUAUCACUCAGGCGCAAAUUGGACGUUCCAGUAAGUUGCUGCUGCACGAACCUUUAAACCAUGAGAAGGCAGCUGUACAUGCUGUGUGGCAUCAACACCGAGCGAAAGUUGAUCGUGGACCUGCUCGCCAUCUUGUUCGGGAUUGGGUCCUGGCUCGGCAUUAACUCGGUGUACGUUCAGCUGCCGCUUCUCGUCAACAAUGCACCGGAAGGAUGGAAUUUGCCAUCGUAUCUGGUGGUGAUUAUCCAGCUAGGCAAUAUUGGACCGCUGCUAUAUACGGCCGCACUACGUAUCAAGUCUUUCCGUGAUUCGUACCUCAUCAUCAUGCUGUUAGUGUUGGGUUCCUGUGCCGCAAUGACGACUGCAUUCGUGUACGACCAAACGGUGCACGUGUUUGGUGCCGAACGAUCGGUACCACUCUUCAUCACUGUGUUUGCCCUAUCGUUGGUCGGUUGUACCAGUUCGGUAUUGUUUAUGCCUUACAUGGGCCGUUUUAAGAGUAUCUAUCUCAUCACCUACCUGAUCGGGGAAGGGUUCAGCGGAUUCGUGCCCAGCAUUGUUGCACUUAUCCAGGGCGUCGGUGGCAAUGGCGAAUGUAUCCUGGUCAACGGUACCGACCCAAACAAACCGCCACAGUACACCAGCUACACGCCGCCCCCUCGCUUCGGCACUCGACCGUACUUUAUCGUGUCGUCUGUGAUACUGGCGAUUAGUAUGAUGGCCUUCGUGCUACUCGACCGAUUGUCCGUCUGUCGGCGGGAAUAUGCCGCUGUUUCGAUCGGGAAUGGUAACAACUAUGCGUACGAACAGAGCACAUCCAACGAUGAAGAAAGUCGAUCGCAGCCGGGAAAAGUUUCGUCGCCGAUAAAAGCAUCCCUGGACCGUACGAACUACCUGUUGAUGAUGGUGCUGAUCAGCAUCAUGUGUCUGUUUGGUAAUGGAUUUUUCCCUAGUAUACAGUCGUACUCCUGUCUGCCGUAUGGUAAUGUUGCCUACCAUCUGACGGUAACGCUCAGCAGCAUGGCGAACCCUGCCGCUUGCUUUCUAGCGUUCUUUGUGCAGAAAAACUCGAUUCGGUCGAUAGUGGCAUUGUCGAUGAUGUUUGUCCCAUUUGCAGCGUACGCUCUAACCACCUCUAUCACCAGUCCGGAUCCACCGUUGAUGCACAACGUGCUCGGAGACAUAUUGGUGGUUGCCUGCUGGACGUUGUUGGUUGGUCUGGUAAGCUACGUAAGGCUAGCCAUCACAACGCUAUUACGGUGUGAAGGAGGACAAACGCUCGUCUGGGUCGGAGUAGCAUCACAGCUCGGUUCCUUGGUUGGAUCGAUACUGUCCUUUACGUUGGUUAAUUUUACGGAUAUAUUCCAACAAUACUAUCCAUGCUAACGACUGAUAUAAAAAAGGCUAAACCAGCCAUACUUAUAUGUCUACUAUUAUGAUAGGUGUAAGCUUGACUGGCUGACCAUAAGUCUGUAAAAGCUAAUCUUUGAAAUCUAUUCUUGCUAUACUUUUCGUGAUAUUCUACUCAAACUCUGCUACAAUAAAGGUUUUAAAUCUAUGCAACUGAAUAA